AAAAUGGCGGCGCCUGAGGAACGGGAUCUAACCCAGGAGCAGACAGAGAAGCUGCUGCAGUUUCAGGAUAUUUAAAAAAUCUACUCAAGUGCUUCUGAUAUGCGGGCAAGAUUGAGAACGCUUCCCUUAGAUGAAUGAUCUCUCCUCUGUCUACUUCUCAGACCUUAUCUGCCAACUUCCCACGCUUGUUCAGCCUCACAGGAUCUGACUGGCAUAGAAUCUAUGGAUCAAUGUCGCCAUACUUUGGAACAGCAUAACUGGAACAUAGAGGCUGCUGUGCAAGACAGGCUGAAUGAGCAAGAGGGUGUACCCAGUGUUUUCAACCCACCUCCAUCCCGACCCCUACAGGUUAAUACUGCUGACCACAGGAUCUACAGCUAUGUUGUCUCAAGACCACAACCAAGGGGGCUGCUUGGAUGGGGUUAUUACUUGAUAAUGCUUCCAUUCCGGUUUACCUAUUAUACGAUACUUGAUAUAUUUAGGUUUGCUCUUCGUUUUAUACGGCCUGACCCUCGCAGCCGGGUCACUGACCCCGUUGGGGACAUUGUUUCAUUUAUGCACUCUUUUGAAGAGAAAUAUGGGAGGGCACACCCUGUCUUCUACCAGGGAACGUACAGCCAGGCACUUAAUGAUGCCAAGCGGGAGCUUCGCUUUCUUUUGGUUUAUCUUCAUGGAGAUGACCACCAGGACUCUGAUGAGUUCUGUCGCAAUACUCUCUGUGCACCUGAAGUUAUUUCACUAAUAAAUACGAGAAUGCUGUUCUGGGCAUGUUCUACAAACAAGCCUGAGGGAUAUAGGGUCUCACAGGCUUUACGAGAGAAUACCUAUCCAUUCCUGGCCAUGAUUAUGUUGAAGGAUCGGAGAAUGACUGUGGUCGGACGGUUAGAGGGCCUCAUUCAACCCGAUGACCUCAUUAACCAGCUAACAUUUAUUAUGGAUGCAAACCAGACAUACCUGGUGUCAGAACGCUUAGAAAGGGAAGAAAGGAACCAGACCCAGGUGCUGAGACAACAGCAGGAUGAGGCCUAUUUGGCCUCUCUCAGGGCUGACCAGGAGAAAGAAAGGAAGAAAAGGGAGGAACGGGAGCGGAAGCGGCUGAAGGAGGAGGAGGUGCAACAGCAGAAGCUGGCAGAAGAGAGAAGGCGACAGAACUUACAGGAGGAAAAGGAAAGGAAGUUGGAGUGCCUGCCUCCUGAGCCUUCCCCAGAUGACCCUGAAAGUGUCAAGAUAAUUUUCAAAUUACCCAAUGAUUCUCGAGUAGAGAGACGRUUCCACUUUUCACAGUCUCUAACAGUAAUCCACGACUUCUUAUUCUCCUUGAAGGAAAGCCCUGAAAAGUUUCAGAUUGAAGCCAAUUUUCCCAGGCGGGUACUGCCCUGUGUUCCUUCAGAGGAAUGGCCCACCCCUCCUACACUGCAGGAGGCGGGACUCAGCCAUACAGAAGUUCUCUUUGUUCAGGACCUAACAGACGAAUGACACUUUUUCUUCCUCUCCCCCUCCUACCCUAAUCCCUAAAAGAAAUGGAGAAAACAAAAAAAGAGAGUAAUUCAUAUUAUUAUUAUUAUAAUACAAUAUUUUUUUUAAAAGACUGCUGCAUCCUAAGGAAGGAUCAGAAACCAUGCUGCCUGCAAGAGUCACAACCUGUGUGUGUGCACGAGGUUAGCAGUGAACGUACCCACUUGGCAAACUCACCCAUCCCUAUGGCCUCCAUACCAUGCAUCUUCCAAGUGAAUGGAGACUCUUCACCUCCAACCCGUCCAUUGUCCCAACUGGGAAAGGGGACAUUCCCACUAGUUUCCAUUCAUUCUUGCUUUUAUGGAAAAUAAAAGUGAAAAACCUCUAUCAACCAGCUACAGCAGCAUCUCCUGAGGACUUGCUUCUUUCACCUCUGGAGAAGAGAGGGAAGAGAAAGCACAGAACAGAGAUGUUCCUUGAACUGCCACAGUUUAUGUAUAACUUUGUUUCUCUUGCUUUGUAAUGACCAAAGGAUUGAGGCUGACAUAGGUUUAUUUCUUUUCCUUAACAUUGUUUGAUAAAGAACCAAUUCUUAAACAUGAGUUUAUGCCCUGGGCUCCUUUAGCCCAUAAUAGUGUAAUAAAGGUGCCCCGGGCUGGUUUGUGCUUAUUUCUGCUAUUGCCCCUCUCGUGUUCCCAGAGAGGUCCCAUUUUGGUCCAACUCUUGCCGUCCUUUCUUACCACCUAACCACCCCACUUGGAGGAAUAGAGGAAUCUGUAGCCCCACAAAGGCCAUAUAUGUACAGAUUACACCCAUGUGUGUGGUGAACGUUCACCUUUACAUACAACUGCAGCUUUGCCUUGGAUCUGUACCAGGUGGUGGUGAAGGAUCCGAACCAAAGGAUAGCAGCUCUUCAUUCCUCUUCUGACAUUGCAUGCUGCUUCUCCCAGCUUUUCUGAAUUGCCAAGCGUGGUGCCUUCCCAAGGACUGACAUGGCCUGCUGUGGAGCCAGCAGAACCACAUGAGAGUGCCCUACCUGUCAGUGGAAGUGUGUUUUAAGUAUGGAACCAGAGGAGAGGUCCUGAAGAGAAACAAGACUGGACUCCCAGCCUUUGUAAGCUGUUGAAAGGCACAGAUCACUUUCUGAUGUAGCUACCAGCUGGAGGCGGUGGUAUCCUCUCCCUCUAUUGCUGUAUUGAAGUAAUAGUUUCCCCCCACCACCUCUGGAUGUCUUGUCUGUGGUUGAGUGUAUGAUAAUGGGUACAUGGGUCAGGCUAUGUAUUAACAUGCUAUUGUUCAAUAGCUUGAUGGGUGCAGGCUUAUACAUGGAAGCCUUCAGGAGUCCUAUGGUUGCUAGCAUGCUAUGAAGGGCAGGGCUUCAGGUCAGGUUUAAAAGUACAACUUGAUAGAUAGGUUUUAGUUAAUCAACAGAGAAAGCCUUUGAAGACGACAUAUCUACCUAAGGACCACUUUCUUUACUAGUAGUAAUAGGCUUACUGUUCUCUCAGCCCUCUGCAGGUUUGUUGAAGUAAACACCAUGGGACUGAGGGAGGUACCUCAUCCAUAAUACCUGGGUAGUGUGAGAAUUUUCCAGUGACCUUGAUACAGGAAUCUAGAACACCAUCUGUAGGGAAAGUAGUUCUGUUCCUACCUGCCUAUCAUCCUUCCACUUGGUUUCCUGCUGUCCCAGAGCCAGAUGGGUGGAAAACUACCCCCUCACAAAUUCUCAAAAUGUGUCUGGAGUGGACAUCAGAUGAAUGAUGUUCUCCACUCAACCUUGGAUGAAGUGUGCUCAUUGACAACCAUGCAAAGAGGAAUUUCUCCACUCAGAGCCUCCCUCUCUGUUUGAAAUUCACAGCUGUUUCCCUGGCAGCACAUGGGAGGGUGUGAAGGACCUUCAUUAGGCUGGGUGUACAAUGUAAGUAUUUUGCCCACAUCUCCUUGGGGAAGUUAUUUUUUUCUCCAGUCUCAUUCUAAAAUGUGCACUUUAUGCUUCUUGCCUUUCUUUGAUAACUGUUUAGUAAAGGAGGUCAGAUGCCAGAAAAUUAAGACAAGGUCCCUCUAUCAAUACAACUCUUGGGACAGCCUGCCAAUUUACUGUAGGUUUUAAGAAGCUUCAGCAGAAGCACAUGCCCGUAUCUAGUCCCUUUUAGACCCUGUGCCUGCCUCCUUGCUGCCCCUACUACUGCCGCCUGGAUGUCAUUUCCUUUCCUUGUAGGUGAAAUAUGGGCUGCACAUUUUAUCACUUAAUGCCUGUACAAUCUGUUACUCCCAAGKACCUCUGGGAGCUUGAUGGGACCUGCAAGGGAGAAAAGGCUGAGGUGCUGGUGAGCUACAAGCAUUUGCUCAUUUCCAUAUCACUUCUGGGAUAUUUCAAAUGGCAAGUCAUCAACUGAAGAAAACACUUGUUUGAAGUUUUGUUCUGCACUCUCAAAACUGAAGUUGUAGAUACAGCUGAAUAACCAUGGAACAUGAUCAAGCAAAGACACCUAUUGGGGUCAUUGAAUUUUUGCAGCCUGGUGGGAUCCUUUUGGUCUUUUCUUCCACUUGUGCAGAAUUUCCUGCAGCAAAUAUUUCUCCUUGCUUGCCUCUACCAUGAGAUUUGGAGAAGGAAUGGCAGAAGGAGACUAUCUCUUUUAAAAAAUAAAAAAGAACCUGGAAUCAACUAAGCAGUCACUAUGAAAAUUGUUAACCGUGCCAAGGCCAAGGAAAGAGUUUCAGAAAAUGAAGAGUGGUAACUCCCAGAAUACAAAGUCAGGGGAGUAUUAUCACCUGGUGCUUGAACAAGGAGCUCCACCUUACAACUGUUUUGUUUUGUUUUUUUGGUUUUUUGUUUUUUUUUUAGGAUUUGUAAGGAACGCAGCAAUGGGAAAUCCAUCCACAAAGGAUGCAGUGCCCCAACUUGUACUGCAGCUGAAUAGUUACGCGAUAAUUUCCUGAAGAAAUCUAGUGUACUUUAAAUUUUUUUCAUAAAGGUUUACAUUGUA